AUGACAUCUGCGAUGAGGAUGGAGACUGGACGUACGUCGGGCGCACAGGUGAGGGCUGCUACAGAUUGAGUGUGAUGAGAUGACCAGUAUAGCCAGACGUUAAUAUCUGCAUGCUAUUUUGAAAGACUACACCCUUACGAUCCACAGUCGAGCCGAUCCGUCGGCUCGCCAGACGCUGCGGUAUAGCACCUUUGCUCCAAAUGCUGCCGAUCGCGAAGUCGCUGCAGUGUGGGGUGCUGCGAGCCCCGAGGCGCGCGCUGCCUCUGAGCCUUCUUCCGCCGAUCGCCCGCCGCCACCACCAACUGCAAUUUUUGGCGUUCCAGAAGACGGCUCCGUCAUCUGUGUCAACGCGACAACCUCACCCGAUAGUGGUUCUGAUGAAAGCUCUGAGGAGCUGGACCGCACCCUCUGGAGCACAGCUGUUGGUGGCUCUGUCGCGCGAGUCUUUGAUCUCGUGUAUCCCGAAAAGGGACCAAGCGGGAGUCGCGAUCGGUCCCCGCCUGUCCUCGUUCCACACCCCGUGAUUCCCCUUUCUCGACUUGUGCGUAGAUCAUCAGUCACAGCGAGUGGUGCUGCUCCAUUUCAUUCACUCGACGCUGGUGCUACAUAUCUAGGUGUUGCUGGAGGGAGCUUAUAUGCGCUGGGAAGCGAGGCGCAUCCCUUAG